AUGGGGACACAGAAGGUCACAGCACAUCUGAUCUUUGCCAUCUUCAUUGCUACAAUAGGCUCUUUCCAUUUUGGCUAUAACACCGGACAGCUACAUGCUCCUGAGAUGAUCAUAAAGGACUUUGUCAAUUACACCCUGGAAGAGACAUUGAACAACCGUCCCACUGAGGUGUUACUCACUUCCCUCUGGUCCUUUUCUGUGGCUAUCUUCUCCGUUGGUGGUAUGAUUGGCUCCUUCUCCAUUGGACUCUUUGUCAACCGCUUUGGCAGGCGCAAUUCAAUGCUCAUUGUCAACCUCGUGGCUGUUGCUGGUGGCUGCCUUAUGGGGUUCUGCAAAAUAGCCGAGUCGGUUGAAAUGCUGAUCCUGGGCCGGUUGGUUAUUGCCCUCUUCUGCGGCCUCUGCACAGGUUUUGUGCCCAUGUACAUUGGAGAGGUCUCUCCCACUGCCCUACGGGGGGCCUUUGGCACUCUCAACCAGCUGGGCAUUGUCAUUGGGAUCCUGGUGGCUCAGAUCUUUGGUCUGAAAGUCAUCAUGGGGACUGAAGAGCUUUGGCCCUGGCUUUUGGGCUUCACCAUCAUUCCAGCUGUCCUGCAAAGCACAGCCCUUCCGUUUUGCCCCAAGAGUCCUAGAUUUUUGCUCAUCAACAGAAAGGAAGAGGAGAGUGCUAGGGAGAUCCUCCAGCGAUUGUGGGGCACCCAGGACAUGACUCAGGACAUCCAGGAGAUGAAAGAUGAGAGCACAAGGAUGGCACAAGAGAAGCAAGCCACAGUGCUGGAGCUCUUCAGAUCACGCAGCUACCAGCAGCCCAUUAUGAUUUCCAUCACGCUCCAGCUGUCCCAGCAGCUGUCUGGAAUCAAUGCUGUGUUCUAUUAUUCAACAGGAAUCUUCAAAGAUGCAGGUGUUAAGGAGCCAAUCUAUGCCACCAUCGGCGUGGGUGUGGUUAAUACCAUCUUCACUGUUGUCUCUCUGUUUCUGGUGGAAAGGGCAGGGAGGAGGACUCUACAUAUGACUGGCCUUGGAGGGAUGGCUGUUUGUGCCAUCUUUAUGACCAUCUCAUUGUUACUAAAGGAUGAGUAUAAUUGGAUGAGCUUUGUUUGUAUUAGGGCUAUCUUGGUCUCUGUGGCCUUCUUUGAAAUUGGCCCAGGCCCCAUUCCCUGGUUUAUCGUGGCCAAACUCUUCAGCCAAGUACCCCGCCCAGCUGCGAUGGCAAUGGCUGGUUGUCCCAACUGGACCUCCAACUUCCUGCUUGGGCUCCUCUUCCCUUCAGGUGCAUUCUAUUUAGGAGCCUAUGUUUUUAUCAUCUUCACUGGCUUCCUCAUUGUCUUCUUGGUCUUCACCUUCUUCAAAGUCCCUGAGAUGCAUGGCAGGACUUUUGAGGAAAUCACACGAGCCUUCAAGGGGCAGGCUCAGGAGGCUAACAGAGCCGAGAACGGCCCCAUCAUGGAGAUGAACAGCAUCCAGUCCAUGAAAGAAACCGCUACCAUCUAA